AUCUCAGCUUGUUGCUAGGUGGAGUGACGUCACGAGCACUAGCUGACAGCCUUUCUCGGGCUUGUUUACCGGGAGCGGAGGAGACUCGGGUAUAAUCCGCUGUAAUCCUCCCGCUGGGAGCGGCGGCGGACGGCGAGAGAGGCGGGGACACCCAGAGCAGGCUCCGCACUGUCACCCCAGCCCCAUAUUGUGGACUCUGGUCACCGAUGACACCUGGGAACCGAUGGUGAAAAGUGCGCCGGGGGACGGAAGCUGAUUGCGGGGAGAAGGAGAGGGCCUGAGCGGGGACAUGGAGCUCAGAGUGGGGAACCGGUACCGGCUAGGCCGCAAGAUCGGCAGCGGCUCGUUUGGAGACAUUUACCUGGGUAAGGAGCUGCAGGCCUUGCGGGGUGUGGGGGCCCAGUGGGGGGUAUUGCUCAUUGGGGGGCCCCUGUACCCCAGUAGGGGGUCUGGCUUACUCCCAUCUCCUGUGCUGUUGGGGGUCUUGAUAAGGACCCCCUGUGCGCCCCUCUAAUUUGGGGAUCAAAUGUAGACACCCCACUUAGUGUGUGCACCCCUUCUUUUAACCCUCAUCCUGGUCUGUACCCCAAUUAUCACACAGGGUCCCUGUAAUUGGGGUAAACAUCUCUCUUCCUUCAUAGAAUAUUACAUAUAAAUAUAGACCCCCAAGCCCCUUCACCCAGGGGCUGAACCCCCAAUAUCACCCUGUCCCCCUGUACAAUAUUUGCUGUAUUUAUUAUUUAUUGUGUAUAUUAUGUUUAAUGUAAUUGGUGUAAGACUGUUUCUCCCAGACAGGAAAUUAUUGUGCAAUCUGACUGUAUUUACUCAAGAGGAUAUGGCUGGGCUCUUGUUCUGUAAUGGAAGGCUGAGAUAAGUCUCUAUAGGCCUUCCUGUGAUAUGGCCAAUUCUAGGCCUUCCUUCAGUGAGCUUUCAAAAAUGUCUUCUCUGGUAUGAACAUGUUUUAAACUAGGACUCCUGACCGUAAUGUGUCCCCUGCGUGUGAGGCUGUCUGCGCUGGCCGCCCUCUUCCCCUGCGUGUGAGGCUGUCUGCGCUGCCCUCUUCCCCUGCGUGUGAGGCUGUCUGCGCUGGCCGCCCUCUUCCCCUGCGUGUGAGGCUGCCUGCGCUGGCCGCCCUCUUCCCCUGCGUGUGAGGCUGCCUGCGCUGGCCGCCCUCUUCCCCUGCGUGUGAGGCUGCCUGCGCUGGCCGCCCUCUUCCCCUGCGUGUGAGGCUGCCUGCGCUGGCCGCCCCCUUCCCCUGCGUGUGAGGCUGCCUGCGCUGGCCGCCCCCCUCCCCUGCGUGUGAGGCUGCCUGCGCUGGCCGCCCUCCUCCCCUGCGUGUGAGGCUGCCUGCGCUGGCCGCCCUCCUCCCCUGCGUGUGAGGCUGCCUGCGCUGGCCGCCCUCCUCCCCUGCGUGUGAGGCUGCCUGCGCUGGCCGCCCCCCUCCCCUGCGUGUGAGGCUGCCUGCGCUGGUCUGUAUUCUGUAUCACCACUUGGCGUCCGUGUUUAAAUUCUCUCAAUAGCUAAUGGCCCUAUUUCAGUUCUCCGUCCCCUCGUAUUAUUGUUUAAUCAUAACUUAGUCAGCGUUUCCUCUUUUACAACCUGUUGAAAUGAUUCACCUUAAUUGCCCUGAGGAUUGGUACAGGGUGGAUGUGACCUUGAAUCAGAUCAUUGUGUUAGUUUCUCUUUCGCAAGGUUCCAUCAUACUCUGUGCAUGUCUACAGUGCUUGUAUUAAAACUGUGAUCAUCUUUUUCUAGGUACCGAUAUUGCUGCAGCAGAAGAAGUGGCCAUUAAAUUGGAAUGUGUCAAGACAAAGCACCCUCAGCUCCACAUAGAGAGCAAGAUUUACAAAAUGAUGCAAGGAGGAGGUAAGUCUUCGUAAGUCCUGCUCUGCCCUGCCUGAACGCAGGAAGCCAUCUUUGUACUCACACUUCCUUUUCAUUUCCAGUGGGAAUUCCUACCAUAAAGUGGUGUGGAGCGGAGGGGGAUUACAAUGUUAUGGUCAUGGAAUUACUGGGACCCAGUCUUGAAGAUCUCUUUAAUUUCUGCUCCAGGAAAUUUAGCUUGAAAACAGUUCUUCUCCUCGCUGACCAGAUGGUGAUUAUCUUUCCUCAAAUGCUUUCUAAAAAAUUUUAGUCUAGAAUUUACACUGCUGCGCAACCAAAAAAACGGCGUUGGGAACUUAGCAACUGUUGCCUGUAGUAUUUUUUAUUUUUUUUCCCCUGUUUAUUCUAGUAAGAUCCUUAAUUUCAGCUGUGAUGAUUUGAUUUAUUUUGUUUGUUUUAUUAAUUUUCAAAUGCCUGACAGAACCCUUAGACGUUUCAUCGUUUUCUCGGACAUGUAAUUGAGGAAGCGAGAUUCCCGGCUAAUGGUUUAUGUUUACACAUUCAUUUCCUGGUGACAAACACAUCUCUUCUUCCUCGGUGCUGUCAGAGCUUUGUAAAAUGAACAGUUGGAGACAAAACAAGGUUACCUGUAACUUAUAUUCAGGCUUUGUUACCAGUUGCCAAGCUACAGCACAUAUGUUGGUGGUAACAUUUAUUGCAGUUCUUUCUCACCUGUUCUGUCUAGGAUCUAGCGAUUUACCCAGGGUGGGAGGAAACAGGACUGUUCCUAGUCAAUGAAAAUAAUGAAUAACAGGAGUCACUUUGGAGGAAAAGUCCCUCUAUUAAAGGAACACUACAGGCACCUAAACAACUUUAGCUUACUGAAGCAGUUUUAGUGUACAGAUCAUGCCUCUCAGGGUUCACUGCUCUAUUCACUGCCAUUUAGGAGUUAAAUCACUUUGUUUCUGUUUAUGCAGCCCUUGUCACACCUCCCCUGGCUCUGAUUGAUUGACACAGCCUGCAUGAAAAAAAACUGGUUUCACUUUCAAUCAGAUGUAAUUUACCUUAAACAAUUGUAUCUUUCUCAGUAAAUUGAACUUUAAUCACAUACAGGAGGCUCUUGCAGGGUCUAGCAAGUAAAUCUAAAUUAAACAGAACUUGCAAUAAAGGAAAGAUAAACUUAAGAUGACUCUUUACAGGAAGUGUUUAGGAAGGCUGUGCAAGUCACAUGCAGGGAGGUGUGACUAGGGUUCAUAAAGUGAUUUAACUCCCAAAUGGCAGAGAAUUGAGCAGUGAAACUGCGGGGACAUGAUUUGUACACCAAAACUGCCUCAUUAAGCUAAAGUUGUUUUGGUGACUAUAGUGUCCCUUUAAUUAUUUUGUGGUGGGUGAUUUAUUUUUGGCUGUGGGGUUUUUUGUUUGUUUUAACUUUAUUUAGAUCGAACCCAGUGUUGUGCACACAGCUGGUGAAACAUGGAAAAUGAUCCACACCCAUUCGUGUAGAGAAAGUAUCUUGGUAGCAGGGAAGCUCCACUGGAUGAGUGGCAGGAACAUCUGAGUCUUACACUUGCCUCUGCUGUAUACCUUACUCAACUCAGUCUAAGGGCUAUAACCACUGCAUAGUUAUGAUGUGGUUAUGGUGCCAGGUAUCCUCUGAUGUCAGCCAGUCAGUAACUCCCCAUUCACUAAACUAGCUGGGAAAAAGUGCGUUUCUUCUCAAGCCAGUUUAGUAAAUGGGGAGUCACUGAUUGGCUGAGUUUGUCAGCUGACUGCUCUCACGACGCCCCUGCCCAGUGGCACUGCACCGUUCCUGAAUCUGAAAAUUUAGCACCCAGCAACUGCUAGGGCGGGAGUGGACAUUGCCGUUGGAUGCAACUUUAUGGUUGAGAACGGUUUAACCCCUUGAGAUAAGAGUGCAUCAGGAGGCCUCCUGGCACCAUAACAACUUCAUUUAGAUGAAGUUGUUCAGGUACCUGGAGUGUCCCUUUAAAGGACCACUAUAGUGCCAGGAAAACAUAUUCGUUUUCCUGGCACUAUAGUGCCCUGAGGGGACCCCAACCCUCAGGGACCCCCGGGCUCUAGGGGGUGGAAGGGGUUAAACUUACCUCUUUCUCCAGCACCGGGCGGGGAGCUCUCCUCCCUCUUCUCCUACUCUUCGACUGAAGGCGCAUGCGUGGCAGGAGCUGCGCGCGCAUUCAGCCAGUCCAUAGUAAUGCAUUCUCAAUGCUUUCCUAUGGACGCUGGCAUCUUCUCACUGUGAUUUUCACAGGCUGGAUUAACCCUAACAUAAACAUAGCAGUUUCUCUGAAACUGCUAUGUUUAUUUAAAAAAAAAAAAAAAGGGGGGGGGGGGGGGUGGUUAACCCUAGCUGGACCUGGCACUCAGACUACUUCAUUAAGCUGAAGUGGUCUGGGUGCCUAUAGUGGUCCUUUAAACAAAGUUCCAUUGAAUCCAAGAAAAGAGCAAACUGUAGACAUCAUGGACAGAGGUGAUCAAAAUGGAGGCCCCCCAGGUGUUGAGACCCUGCAGGGAAGUAAAGACCAUGAAAAUAAAGGCAAGUGGCAAUGGUUGGAAUUUAAUGAUGAGGGCUGAUUUUGGGAGGCUGUAGAAGGCGUGCAGAAUUUCUAUAUGUGCGUUUCGAGGGCAGAUCAUUUCUGAUACUCUUGCCUGUAAUGAUUAGCAGUGUCUAGUAAACCAUACUUUUCAUAUAGCUCAAAGUAAUUAUCAGUUCUUAGACAGUUGCCCAGUCCUUCACCCCAAAUGCUAUUGAUGUGGUCAAUGGGGUGAAGAGAAGUAUAAAACCACCACCACCACCACCUUCUGUGUGGCCAACCUAAUCGCCCCAUCAGGCCCUGGGUGUGUUUGUUUAUAUUUGUUUAUUUGCAUGGAAAUGGCACAUGGGCACUCGAUGGUUCCUUCCUUGCCUUUUUUGUGCUUGUUAGCUAUUGGGUUGUUCUAAAUGUAGGGAAAAACAUUAACACCCCCUCCUUUCCCAUUUUAUUUGGGAUUUUCUUCCCUAAGUUCUGAAAUUUGAUCAGCAGGCUUUCAAAAUGAAGGCAAAAUAUUUCCAGCUUUAUUAUUUCCAAUAAGUGUUCCCACCCCCUCCUCCCCUCCCCUUCAUGUUGGUGGCCUAGAAUUUGUGUCCGUUGCCAUAAUUUAGAGGAUACAUGGUUACACCCUGCAGUCUUUAUCCUUCGCAGUUUGUGUUUAUAUGUAAUUUAUACUGCAAUUUAAUUGGCCUCCUUGUGGCCCCUUUUCCUCUGUUUAACAGAUUAGCCGUAUUGAGUAUAUUCAUUCCAAAAACUUCAUCCAUCGCGAUGUGAAACCAGAUAAUUUUUUGAUGGGGCUUGGGAAAAAAGGAAACCUUGUGUAUAUUAUCGAUUUUGGGCUCGCCAAAAAAUAUCGAGACGCUCGCACACACCAGCACAUCCCCUAUCGUGAAAACAAGAAUUUGACAGGAACUGCCCGUUAUGCUUCUAUCAAUACUCACCUUGGUAUAGGUAAGUGUAUGAACGUAGUCUGAAUUGGGGAUGUGUGCUGAAUUCCUGUUUUGCACAGUGACACUUGGACGAUACAUUUAAACUAUUCUUUAUCAGGUUUAGAAAGGAAAUGUCUUAGUGGUUUCCUUCUACACCCUACAUGUUUCUCACCAGCACCUCUUGCGCCAUCUCAUGAAACAUCUUGCCGGGGAAUCUCCAAUAAAUUAUAUUUCUUUCUUUGUUUUUUUUUUUAUUGGGGGCUGAUAUGUCCUCCUAUAUUAACUUUGCUGAAAUUAGUUGAGUAAAUUAAUUGGCAGGACAAAGGAAGACAAAUCUUCAGAAUGCAAUUUUUUUUUUAAAGGACCAGGCCACACUUUUUGUGGUCAUGGUGCACUGGCGCCCACUUUUGUAAGGAGCCAGACUGUUUUAGAAUGAUUUGACUUAUUACCUGGUGCUGCCAGUGGAGAGGUGGAAACUCUGUCUGAUCUAAGCCGAUUGGCUGAGAGUAAUCAGGUGACUCCGUUAAUGAUUUAAACCCUGCAUUGCACUUUGCAUCAGAAUGCCAUUCGAGAUAGAGAGAUAUACAUAUACACACGUUAAAGCCAUCAUAUUAUCUUAGAACUGCGAUUAACAAGAUUGAUAAUGAGAAAAAUUUUAAUGUAUGCAUCCUGGUAAAAUAUCUUAUAAAUAAAUAUUGAGACAGUAGUAAUCUGUACACUGUGCAUGCAAACAUCAACGGUACACAUAUAGGUUAAACCAUGUAUAACAUCAAUACCUACAUAUAACUGUGAUGUAGUGCUUUAAAAAUCAUUUAUAAAAUGUCCUUUUAUUUAAAUAGAAAUUCAUAUAUCUGCUACCGCACAUAGUGUUUGUACAUGAGUGCAAAAUAGCCGUAUAUCUAAAAAUGAUACGUUUAGGGUUCCUCUUAUAUAAAUGAUACACCCCCUCGGCUGUUAAAUCCGACGAACAGUUAAGUUACUUCCCGGUUCUAUAGCUCUGAAGAUAAACUCAAGAGGCAGCAAUCAGUUUGACUUUAAAAGUAACUUAUUUUGCACAUAGCCUUCGUCAUUCUUCCACAAUGUGCAGCGUUUUCUUUUUUGGAAUCUACUAAAUUGUUAAAUAUCACUUUCUUGCCCCCAUUAGUGCUGUACGUUGAGCACUAUAUAUUAUUGAGCACUAUAUAUUAAACAAAUUUAGAGAGAAACCCACAUAAGUAAUCCAACAAAUACAUUUAUUUAUUUAAAUUUCUUUUCCUCUUUUCUCAGAGCAAUCUCGCAGAGACGAUCUGGAGUCUUUAGGGUAUGUCCUUAUGUAUUUUAACUUGGGUUCCCUCCCAUGGCAAGGGCUGAAAGCUGCUACCAAAAGGCAAAAAUAUGAGCGGAUCAGUGAAAAGAAAAUGUCGACGCCUAUCGAGGUGCUCUGCAAAGGUUAUCCAUGUAAGAAUUCCUUAUCAAUAUUAUUCUAGGAUCUUCUGUGUACACAGCAUGACUGCUUGCUUUGGGGAAAUAGCUGGAGGUUGUGGCUUCACUCUAGGAUUAAAGGCUUUUUGAAAUAAUUCACGAGUAGUAUUUAAAAAAAAAAAAAACACACAGAUUUAAAGUGCUUUCUAAGUACCAUCAUUUGUACCGCCUCCUGUAAUGGUUAUGGGGCCAGGAGUCUCCUUACAUCGUUCCCUGGUAAGAGAUCAGACACUCUUAGCCAUAUUUUAGGUUGUACAAAGUAAUAUAGCUAAAGCAGAAUGGAAAUUUCCCCUUUAAGCUUUGUGAAGACAGCAUUGAUUGAGGACGCCCGGGAAAUCUAAAAAAAACUCACAAAUUAUUUGACUCCCAACCAGGACUGGGCUCUAGUAGACUUGUGCAAAAAAUGCAUUUCAGUUGGUUCGAACUAAUCAAAUUCCUUUUAAUCUAUGUCUAAACAAUUUGAUCAGUCUGGGAUUUACCUGUGGAGUCUUAUUUGUUUGUUUAUUAAUGUAAAAGGAAUUUUAUUGGCUGGAACCAGCUGAAACACAUUUUUGUAUUAGGGGAUUUCAGGUACCAUAAUCAGUACAGCGGGCUCUAGUGAGCAUUGUGAUUAGAAAAACCCCUUUAAAAUUUCUGGUGGACUUCAUAAUGCUUUGUUUUCCCCAAUAGCAAAUCACGCACAGGAGAUCAAACACAGUGAUGCAGAUAAAUCACUGGACUUGUCUUAGUUUGAUUCACUGUCUGAUGGGUGAAGCGGUUUCUUUAGUUCGUAGGAUGAAACUAAUGAUUAAACAUAUUGUGUUCAGUGUAUCUGCAAUAGAUCAUUGCUCUAUUUGAAAUCUCAUACUUCAGCCAUUGGUAGCAUUUGCUGCCUUAUUAUAUACAUUGCCUUUAAUUUCUGGAGCUGAUCACGUCCAUACUCUCUACACAGCCGAGUUUGCCACCUACCUGAACUUCUGCCGGUCUUUGCGCUUUGAUGAUAAGCCUGACUAUUCCUACCUAAGACAGCUCUUCCGGAAUUUGUUCCACCGCCAAGGCUUUUCCUACGACUAUGUGUUUGACUGGAACAUGCUGAAAUUUGUGAGUACUCUGCACUAGUGUACACGUGUAUACACGGAUAGAAAUAUUUUUUUCAGUUCUAUAUGAAGUAAAUUGCAUUUUAAACUGGGCACUUUAUAUUUUUAUGAACUUUUAUGUGGCUACAUGCAGCUGAACCUAAAAGGCUGUGGUAUGAAAUACAGAUACAAUGCAUAAGAAAGGUAGUAGCUGCAUAUAUGUUAUAUGCUAUAUGUUAUAAUAUAUAAAAGUAUCUUGUCAGCGAUAUGAGCCAACUCUGCUGUUAGGUGAUUAGCCUUUUCGACUAAAUGCGUUGCGAUUUUAAAUUGUAGGUAGAACUAGGCAUUUAGGUACGCUAAGAAAGCUUAUAGAAAAUAGUUAGCUGACUAUCUAGACCACAUUCUGGCCUCACAGAAGCUGUUGGCGUCUGAGGAAAAUGGAGGAUGCGUGAAAUGGUAGCACCAGGGUAAGGCCUGAAAAAGACGACCACUGUUCCAGGGUUAUAGAAGCAGGCAGCCAAUUCCCCUAUUAGGUUGGAAUGAACACCUUGGAGAACAGAUACUCCAGACCCGAGCUGAAUAAUGAGCCUUCACCAUGUUACAGUGGACCCCGCAUCGCAGAAUGCUCAAGUCCUUUUCCUCAAGGGAAUGCAGGGGGUCCGGGAACAAAGGUAAGAGCUUUCCUUGGCGUUUCCCUUAAUUAGCCUUUUUCAGGAGGGUGUGGUGGAAAGAGGGCGGGCCCCACAUGGCUUUCAGCCCAGGUAGGCUACAAAUUAGAUUAGAUUGUCGUCGCUAGGUGAUGUAAAUACACCCAAUACAGGUCUCCUAGGUCUAACACCUUGUUGGUGCUGCUCUUGCUUCACAGGGUAGGUAGCAGAUGGUGUCAGAGUUCGCUGUCCAGAUAACUGACUCCAAAACCUCACAUAGGAUAUUUGGGAACUUCGCAGCCAUCUUGUAGUGAGUUUUGGUACUGCACUAGUGCAAGAUGUGUUCAUGUAGCUUCUUCCCCUUGUACCCUCCACUGUGGGGACCAGAAAACCCCCCACCGGUCCAAGGAGGGGGUUCGACAGGGCUCCAGCUAUAAACUCGAAUAUACAGGCUGCUCUAGACCGGAACAUCGGGCCUUUUCCUGUCCGCAGUGUGGGCCAGAUCAAUGACUGCAAUGCCAUGCAAAUGGCUCGAAAUGAAGGCGAGAAUCGACAAAGGAAAAUACCCUUGAGUACAGGAUGAGGUAAGAAGUCAGUAAGGGUGUCGAUUUGGUGCAGAACACGCAGUUUGACUACUGAUUUUGUGAGGUCAGUGAGGAGCUCUCAUUAGCACGUCUGAUCAGCAUGGGCGGGCCAGAACUGGGCGCUUUAUAAACACUUUUAAAACAAGUUUGGAUGAUUUCUUACAUUUUAUUUUAUUAUUGGUUGUGUAUUUGCUGAUAGAUGAGCACAAUUAAAGAGUAUGGGCUUGCUUCAUUUAGCUAUAAGCUAGUAACGGUAAUUUUCAGAAAUGGCUGUUACAUUUGUUGCCGAUUGUUUCCAUGUUGCAGGACUUAUUACUAAACACUAACGCAAGGUUUCCAUGUUAAAAGGUAAAAUUAUCACCUGUCACUGCGUUACACCUGCCCCAUCUAUACCGAUAAUCUGUGAACUUUCAGACCGAUGGCCGAUAACUUGCCGAUAUUCUGUGCAUUUACCAUUUUGAAAAAAAUAAACAAUUUUUCUUAAGGUAAAUGCACAAAAUAUACAUGCCACAUGUAGUGGAUGCAGUGUGUUUAGACAGGGGCCAGUGUGUGUUUGUCUGGUGGAUGCAGUGUGUAUAGUGAAUGCAGUGAGUGUGUGUGUGUAUAAUGCAGAGUGUGUGUGUUUGUAUAGUUGUGUAUAUAAAUAAAAUGCAGGGUGUGUGUUUCUGAAGGGAUAUAAUUUGUGUCAAGACACACAUAAUCAACUUCGUCCUACGAGGCAUUAUCGGCAAUAUCUAUGUUGGCCGAUACCGAUAUUGCCAAAAAUACCGAAUAUCUGCUGAUCAUAUCGGUAAAACCGAUAAUCGGUCGAUCCCUACUCCAUAGUAUCAUUAAAGGUGGUUAUGGUUUCUAAAGUCCCGUGGCACCAUUCCACUGUUCAUUUUGAAACCGUUUUCAGUCUCUUUGAUGCUGAUUAUGUGUGUCUUGACACCCAGUCCCUCUCUACUACUUGUUCUAUUGGUUGUUUCUUAGUGGAAGCAGUGAUAGGCCUAUCAUCAAGCCAGGAAGUAACAGGUCCAGUUGUCUGACAGCCAGGGGGAAGUAACAAGGUUGAGUUAUAAAAGUGUAAAUUUCUACUGAAAUCUACACUAUUUGUGCACACACAAAGCAUCUCAGCAAGUUAGUGUUUUAGGGGUCGAGUGUGUCCUAAUAAUCACUAAGCUGGCAAAAAGAAAAAGCAUCUGUUUUAACACAAGCUGCUUCUCUUACAUUUAUUCUUAAGUUGUACUUUAAAAUGUUAUUGUUAGUUUGUUUUUUUUUCUUUUAUGUUUGCAAUAAAAUCCUUAUUUACUUAGAUAUGAAUGGUUCACAUGACACUUUCCGCUUCAUGUAAAUUUAUAUUUUGUGCCAGCAAUACUGUAAGAAAAUAUGUGCAUCUGUACCAAUCUUGGUUUUCUAGUUUGUCUGAACUGUGAAUGCCGUAAUGAAAAGACUGCGUUCUGUAGUUUUCCAAGUGUUAGAAGUUUGUCAUCUUGUCUUAACUCCUGUGCUUGUAAUAGUGAUUUUUUUAUUUAUUUUUUAUUUAUUUUUUUACUAUAAGCAAUGUAACACUCUUUUGUCUGUAAAGUGCCCAUGUAAAUUGUAUGCAAACUGUUAGAAUUUUCGCUUGUUUGAUUACGCAGUAAUUGUGACUUUACACAGAUCUUACAGGUGGAGUUUAAUUACUGAAAUGCAAUUUUGACCUCUUGUAGGGUGCAAGUCGUGCAGCCGAAGAUGCAGAACGCGAAAGGAGAGAGCGCGAGGAACGCUUGAGACACUCCCGCAAUCCUGCUACUCGCGGUUUACCUUCUACUGCUUCUGGCAGAGUGAGAGGUGCCCAAGAAGUCACACCACCAACUCCCCUGACUCCAACCUCUCACACUGGUAAGCGGGAGCUACCUAUAUUUUUUUUAUUUUAUUUUUUUAAAUGUGUUUUAAUUUUAUGUUUCCUCCCUUGUCAAUCAGCCGGGUGAGAGUCCUCUCUCUCCGGAUCAUUUUCAGACUUCUUUAGUGAUCUGGGAUUGGUUGUGCUUCUCACAGCUCAGGUAGGUAGAUAUCUUUGUUGUACAGGCAAUAUAAAAGGUUUGUUCUUUGUAAUCGGUGUUACUUGAUCACUGCAUCACAAGAGUUCAGCCAAUCACUUUCCAGGUUUGAAAAAAAAAAAAAAAAAAAAUCACCGCUGGAUUCUGAUUUUUCACGACCCUUGCAUCUGUUUACUUUUAUUCAGGAGUAAUAAGUUCUGUAUUCUGUCUUUGAGCUGCUAUUAUAUGAGGCUACAGUAAAACCGUUAAUCAUUAAUCUACAUCCAUAAAAGAGGAAGUGAAUAAAAUGCGCAUUGGAUCAGUUUCGUGAACCAAAAGCAUUACCAAAUUCCAAAAACGUUGUGUUGUAUUUAAAAUGUUGUUUGUUUUCCCCGCAGCAAACACUUCUCCCCGUCCUGUGUCCGGGAUGGAACGCGAGCGGAAAGUGAGCAUGAGACUGCAUCGCGGAGCACCAGUCAACGUCUCUUCAUCUGAUCUAACCGGCCGACAAGAUACCUCUCGCAUGUCAACUUCUCAGGUAUGUGCUGGCUGUUAAACUUUGCAGGAAGUAAGGACCUCCUAAUGGAAGCAAAAGCACAGGAAUACUGCGUGAGUGGCGACUGUGACACAUGUGCAGUACACCCACAUCUUGCUGCCAUUGUGCGCAUGUGCUUUAGAUAGCGUAAAACUGUAUUGUCACUGUAUAGAGCAAUAGGAGUGUCAAGUGACCCCGGGAGCGCAAUGGAAUGGAGUAAACAUAUGUUUAUUUUCUCCUGCUUUUACUCAUUUAUUAGCAUGCAAACAUUAUGGAAAACUAAUUUCAGGAUUGUCUUGAUUUUUGCAUGCUAGUAAAUUAUGGGCUUGUGUGUCCCUUUAAAGAUCAGGUGAUCAGGGUGUUUAGUAAAAUAUAAAGCUUUAGAGCACUAAUGUCCUAGCAGAGAAGUUUGUCCUCGGUGCUUGUGCUCGGUUUUUGGGAUAGUUACAAGCAGCUGUCUUUUCCCCACCUCAGAAUAGCAUUCCUUACGAACAUCACGGCAAGUAGCUGCUCUCCUCGUGCUCGGUUGAAGGCAGUGCCGGGUGAGUGUUGUUUAGUAAUCCUCCCUAUCUUUAUUUCAGCAGUUCCUUUAAGCUUCUUAAGCCUAGCCAGUUCUGUUAGCAUAACGUCUAGUUGUGCAUGCAGAGACCUGGUUUACUGCUUGUUAAUUCUGUAACCCUGCCUGGGCUAAAGGGAUCAUCUUGCACUGUGUGUGUGUGUGCUUGUGUGUGUUUCCUAAAUUAAUCAUUGCAAAGACAUAUGGCACACUGUUCGUGUCCCUUUUCUGUAAUCCGUAAAGAAAAGCGUGAGCUGAAAUAACUGAUCUCUUACAUGCCAAGAAUCCUUAUAUCCGCUCCUAUUUUGGACCCAAACUGUCUCUUUUCUUGGACAUCCAUAUUUUUGUAUAACUGAACAUCACAGCAAUGAAACACGCUGCAGUGUGAAUUUAAACCCUAACAGAUGUGUUCAGAAAAAUUUAGUCUUUUAAGUUUACUAAUUCCUAUUUAACUAAACUGUAAUCUGUAACUCACGAAUUUGUAUAAAAUAUUCAACCCUUCCAAUCCCACUCUCUCUAACGAAAAUUGCCUGCUUUGGCUUGUUUGAAAUGUGUGGCGUCAUUAAUUCAUUAUACAGAUACGUGUUUUUAACCCUUAGUAACAUUUCCUGAUUUUUGGACCAGUCAGAGGUUUUAACUCCUUAAAUUGUAGCACCACUGUAAAUUAACCUAGCUUGAGGCCUGGCAUCACCUUCACUGUUGUCAAAUUAAUAUGAUUGCAGGCAAUAAUUUCAGGUGUAUCAUGUAUGUAAAUGCGAACUGCGUUAACAAUUUUAAUGUUUACAACCAUGGCACAUGAAACCUUAGUCUUUCUACCUUUAUCAUGUUUGGUGACCGUUAUACAGAGAAUCAGAGAACCUGUACAAGAUGCCCGCCUCUGCAUGUGGGGUAUCUCCUGUACUUGUAUUCCUUUUAAAGGACAGUUAGUUUAUAUGUCUUGAUGUCUUCACAAUCUGUUGUUUGGACCUCGACAUGUCCUGAUCACUAAGCAUCAGCUGCUCUAUACGGCCGUCAAGGCAUUAAACGGGAGAACAUUCUAUUUUGGAAUAGAUCAGAUUGUAACUGCAUCAUUUUCAAUUUCUCUUCAGGGGUUAAUGGUGUAAACUGGUAGAUGCCAGGCUGAGAAAUUGGUUCAAAGCACAAACAGGAUACGUUAACACAAAUACAUUGUUAAAAACAAUUCUCUCUAUUUCAAGAGGAUAAAAAAGGACUUUUGGCUGCUUGUGGGAUUUAAAUAUUUACUUUGGUGAUCAUUCUACAAGAUUGAAGGUGAUUGGGCUUAAAAUGUAAUUUAUUUUGCAGAUCCUGUUGAGUAUUUAGGUAUCCUUUACACCUUCCUCAUCUCUGCUUUCCACCCUGGUCUAAAUGUGAAAUUAAAGGACCACUAUAGGCACCCAGACCACUUCAGCUUAAUGAGGUGAUCUGGGUGCCUGGUCCAUCUAGGGUUAACCCUUUUUUUCUAUAAACAUAGCAGUUUCAGAGAAACUGCUAUGUUUAUGUUAGGGUUAAUCCGGCCUCUAGUGGCUGUCUCAUUGACAGCCGCUAGAGGGCUUCCGCGUUUCUCACUGUGAAAAUCACAGUGAGAAGACGCCGGCGUCCAUAGGAAAGCAUUGUGAAUGCUUUCCUAUGGACUGGCUGAAUGUGCGCGCGCGGCCAGCCGAAGAAGAGGAGGAGAGCUCCCCGUCCAGCGCUGGAAAAAGAGGUAAGUUUAACCUCUUCCUCUCCAUUCAGCCUGGUGGGAGGGAGUCCCUGAGGGUGGGGGCACCCUCAGGGCACUAUAGUGCCAGAAAACGAGUGUUUUUUCCUGGCACUGUAGUGGUCCUUUAAUUUUAAAGUGCGAAGUGUCAGGAUUUAAAAGUAAAUUGUCAAAUUUUACCAGUUCUGGACCCUCACUUUUUUUGCAAGGCCCGGCUUAUAGACACCAGGACAACUACAUUAAGCUGUAGUUGUUCUGGUGAGUAAUAGUGUCCCUUUAAGUGUAAUUUGGCUAAGUCUCUAUCUAGAUGUUUUAUGACCCUGCUACGUUGUGCAGAACUUCGAUCCAGUUAAUUUAUGGCAGUACCUAGAAUUUCUGCUGAAUGUGGAUGUUUCUCCUGUCGUUUAGCUGCUUCCUGUAGAGAUAACCGUACUACGGGAACCAGCCAGCCUGUUCAACUCCAUAUUUCAAGCAAAUUUUUUUUUAUUCAAAGUGCGUGGUUAGGAUACGGAAGAAUUCAUGUGUUCAAUGUGCUGAGUACUUUACAGAAAUGCAGUAGAUCUGCACACCUGGUUUAUUUUAGAAACAUUUUCAAAAUUAAACUGCAUCUGAUAUCCAGAGCUGCAUGAAAAAUGAAUUACGAUUCUUAGUAUUCUGUAAGAAUUGGAAAAAACAAUAAGUGAGAAGUAUGCUUAGAGUAAACAAGUACUAUAUGCCUCCUUUAACUUGGUUACCUGUCAGUUUGGCAUUUGGUAAAUCUGUAAAUUGUUUGAGCUCAGAAUGUGUUACCGUGUGACACUGUGUGUUGAACCAGCUGUCUCACCAAUAAAUAAUUUUCUCCGUGGAAUGCUAUUUUCCUCUCAAAUUUGACACGAUGUAUAGUUUGUUGAUUUUUGCUGUCUCACUGAUCCCCUGAUGAAUGGUUUAGCUGUCCUGACAAUGAAUAGAAUGAGUGGUUUACCAGCAGCACCUUGGUUGUUUCAUGUUCCAGGCCUCUCCCACUGUAACUGUAUACAGAUGCUUAUUAAGUUGCAUUAUGCCUUAAGUAAGCUAGACUGGUGUCUGGUAGAAUCAAGGGAAAUUAAGUUCUUUCUUUUACCCAGUCCAGGAAUGGAGUUUGUGACCCUAUUCAACAGGGGUUCAAACCUACCAUUUUUAUUUAUUUAUUAGAAAAGUGGGAAAAUGUAUUUUGACAGCUUUUCUUUCAUAUUCGUACAAACUAUAUGACCAGAAUAUCCAGGUAAAAUGGGCAAAGCAUCCAUGGGUCACAAUAUGAGGUUAGGCCUGUCUGUUAAAUCCCUGCUCGCACCAGGGACAAACAAGUAUUAAUCGAUACCUGAGGCUCUUCUCUGUAAGCUGGGACCAUCGUUAGUGGUACCAGUCUUGAGCCAUGAUCUGUAUGCCGCCAGUGCUCUUAAUUUGACACUGAGUGUGUAAGUAUGUGUGCGUGCAUAGAUCUUUACCUGUACAUGCAAUAGGCUUCAACAUGGCUAUUUAUUUUCACAAUUCGCUCUCUCAAUAGGUUAUCUAAUGGUGACGCUUUCUCUCGUUCCACAGAUUCCCAGUCGGGUGGCCUCCAGUGGUCUUCCAUCAACAGUACACCGAUGAACACAUUCCCGUGGAGAAGAGAGCGCAUGGCUGGGCUUUGGAUGGUUUCCAUAGCAAAAAGAAAAAAAUGUAAAAAAAAAAUAAAUGUUUCUAAAAGCAACCAAAUCCAAACAAAGCUUUAGAUGCUUUUAGCAGGACGAUCUCGUGACAGGGUUAAAUUACUAGCUGCUGAAAUGGGACUCCGUGGAGGCUGGGUCAGCAGGUGUAGUGUGGAGCCCUCUAGUGACACUUUCAGCAGAAAUGGCAGAGUUGACUAUUUUUUUCCUUUUUUUUUGUUUUUUUCUUUCUUGUAACUUUUUUUAUUUUAUUUUUAAUUUUUUUUAUAACAUCAAUUUAAGGAUUGCCAUUUUAUUUUAUCUUUCAAGGGCCCUUUUUAUUCUACUGUAUCUAUAUGGUUUUUAUAUCUGUUUGCUAAAACCACUUCUAUUUGUGCCAGGUUUGUCCGUCUCUCUUUCGUGAAAACGAUCUGGAAUUGAGGUUCUGUUGCGGCAACAACUGUGGGCAUAAAAGAUAUAGGAGCAUGAGUGGGCUUUAAAAUGACUUUUUGUUUUCUUAAAUUGUAUCUAGCUUGUAUUCUUUUAACUAAUUUAAUGUUUUGUAUAUUUUUGUUCUCUUUAUUUUUCUUUUCUCUUGGAGUGCAACAAGGGAUGAUCGUUUCUUGAGAUUAAAUACAAGCUGAAGAUUGCGAUGGGUGGUUUUUAGGAGAAUUUCUGACUUGUGCGUCUUUUGUGUGAAAGGUUUUAACUGUACAGUUACAGAGUUCUGGAGCAAAGCUGUGCAUUUAUCACCAACCAACCCUUAAUGGAAUACAUUUAUAAGGAAAACACUUUGUGUAAAGUAUUUUGUUUUAUAUGUAUGUAAGCCGACGCUGUUAGAAAGUACACACAAAAAAUCACAUUCAAAAAUGAUGGCCGUUUUGUUUUUUGUCCUCCCUCCUAUUGUAAAAAUAACAUGAUCUCUUAUUGAAAAUGUUUUUGUUUCCUUAAUCAGCAGUUCUCACCCCCUCCUCUCCAGGGAUGCAAACUUACCUAGCCUUUUCGAGGGCCAAAUGUGGGUUAGCACUAAAAGCUAAACAACUGCUCACUGUGCAAUAUUGUCUACGGUGUGGGGAGGUAUCCAUCUGUUUAUUUUUCAGAUGUCAUUUUAAAAAGCGAAAUUGAUGCUCUUUAUUCCGUAGGCAGCAUAAAAUUCUUUUUGACCUUUUUAUGGUACAGGGCGGCGUCCUGUUUGCUAGAUGGAUAUAUACACAUUAGGUGGGCGUUUGUGUUCUUGUUGUAAGAGCGUUAGUUCCAAGUAUUUCUACAUAUUUGAGGAUUGUAACGGAAAGACUUGUAAGUGUAUGCUAGUCAACAUGUAAUAUUUUUCUGCAUGUCACCACGUUAUUUGUACAAUUCUUCACGCGUGUGUUUUAUGUAAAUAUCUGUGAAUGUCAUGUUUCUGAAACUUUUUUCUAACCACUGUACACAAAUUCUUUGCGUAUUUGAAAACAUUAAAUUUCAGUGAGGGGGGAGGAAAGGGGGAAUGCUUCAACCCUCACUUGCCAUAAUUACAGAAUGUUUUCAUGGGAUCUGAUUAAAUCCUGUCUAUCGAUACUUAUUGUUCAGAAACCAAUUUGUAUCACUACUGUAUUUGUGUACUUUACAAAGUGUGUAAAUAAUAAAUUCGUAACUUCUACUUUCUAUGUGAUUUUAAUUUUUUUUUUUGCUUAAUCCCCAUCAGUUUCAACGUUUUGUCUGUCCAUAUCAUAUCGCAUGCUAUAUGGUGUGUUUGUUUUUUACUUGGCUGUGGACGUUUCUGUAUCUGUUGCCAAUUACUAGUUCUUGAAGGUCCCUGAAUUGAGAUCUGACCAAAUUAGGAAGGAGUGGACAGCCAAUCCUAG